AUGCCCAAGCUCUGGACGGAAGAAAUCACCUUUGACGAGUUUGGCGCGCGCACGCAACGGAUAUUCCAAGUGUUCGAUGAGGGCAUUCGGAGGAGGUUGAACAAUACUGUGGCGAUGAAGAUGAUAGUGCCACGGCUAGAGGAAGAGCGGAAGAGAGGUCAGUCGACUAAGGGUGCGGAAGACGUCUAG